ACGUCACAAGUGAGAAUUAUCUGAGAAUCGGUGUAAAUGGAAAGCAACUGUUCCGUUCCAAUUGAAUCGUGCACAAUGCUACACUUUGUGUUAAAAUGUGUUAAACAAUUGGAAAACAUCUAAUGUUAACAUUUUAGAAAUGAAAAUAGCGAAAUAAUCUCGUGAAAUUUUUUUUUGUUUUUAUUACAAUGACAAUAAACGACGAGAAUGAAUAGUUUAGGUUUAAAUCUAAUUUUAAGAAUGGGUUGUAUAUGCACUAAAGAAAUCAUUACGGUAAACUCGAGGAAAUAUAAAGUCUGUGAACACCUUGGAGAUGGUGGAUUUAGCACAGUACUUUUAGUUGAGGAUAUCAUCACACAUAAAAAGUAUGCUAUUAAGAAAAUUGUUUGUCAUGGACCAGAAGAUCAGCAAUUAGCAACAAAAGAAGUUGAAUAUUAUAAAUUGAUAAAACAUCCAAAUGUUAUAGAAUGUAUAGAUUCAACUUGCAAAGGUACCGCAGAUCCAAUUGUGAAUACAACGAGCGAAAUAUUAAUUGUUUUACCAUAUUAUCAUAAAGGAACAUUAGCAAAUGAUUUGGAACGACGAGCAAAGAAUUGUGAUUAUAUGAAUCCUAUAGAUAUCCUCAGCAUAUUUUUACAGAUAUGUGAAGGCGUAAAAGCAUUUCAUGAAGCUAAACCAGAACCUCUUGCUCAUAGAGAUUUAAAAACUGCAAAUAUAGUGCUUAACGAUGUUGGAAUACCUGUUAUUAUGGACUUGGGUUCUGUAGCAACUGCCAGAGUUAAAGUAUGCAGUACUCAAGCUGCACGGACUUUACAGGACUUGGCAACUGAAAGAUGUUCCAUGCCAUAUAGAGCUCCAGAACUAUUUAAUGUUGAAAGUUAUUGUAUGGUUGAUGAACGAACAGAUAUCUGGUCAUUGGGAUGUAUACUGUAUGCAUUAUGUUAUUUUAAAUCUCCUUUUGAUACUGUUUACGAACGAGGCGACAGUGUAGCUCUUGCUGUGAUGAGUGCACACGUAAAGUUUCCAGAAGAUACCCCGUAUAAUAAGGAUAUGCAAAAUUUAAUUUUGUUGAUGUUAAAAGUCAAUCCGAUGGAACGUCCGUACAUAUAUAGUAUAAUAGAGAGUGUGCACGAUACUAUCGCUAAAUUGAAAGCAUAGUCGCAUAUCAUAUUAUGACGUAAAUAUUGCAAUGACUAGACCACACGUUUAGGAAAAUAUAUGUAACAUUCUA